GGCAAUGUAUUGUACAGCUAUAUUUUCCAUGCUGAAUAGACCUGUCUGUUUAAUGGACAUUUGAAAGUCGUCGUCUAGUCAAUUCAAGCUACCGUUAGCAAGCAGCCGUGUCAGGAGAAUGCUUAAACAUAACUAACGUCAGGCUAAUUAUGAACUAGCCUGCAUUUGUAGAAGUUAACAGUUUGUCGGUCAGAAGAAAAGACACGAUUGUCUCGAAAAACGGUAUCUAGCUAGGAAUGUAACAUUAAACCAACACAAUGCUUUCUGUGGUAUUUAUUGCCAGUUUUAUUCUCCUGGGUGGCUAGUUAGCUGAAUUCCAGACUUUUCCUUCGCCCUUCCAGGAUUUCAAGAAGAAAGGAAGAAAUGCUCGGACCGAUGCUUUUUCUUCUCUUGAAAACGGAACGUCUGUUUAAAUUAGUAAACCACGAAAGAAGCUGCGACUACUUAGCUAGUUAGACUAGUUACCUGGCUAAAAACGCCCGUCGCAUUCUGAUGUUAGCUAGCUAGCUACUUGGCUUGGUCAGCUUUCAACAAUUGUAAGGAAAUAGGGCGCAGCAUUUUACUAGUUUACCUGUGUCCGGUGGGUUCCCUUGACCAUUUAUUCUGGAAUCAAAAUGGAAAGCGAGGUUUUUACGCCUUUGCUGGAGCAAUUCAUGGUCACCCCGCUCGUCACUUGGGUGAAGACCUUCGGACAGUUGGGUGAGAAGGACGGGGGCAGACUUUCGGAAUAUAUCGAAUUAGUGGACGGCAUCUAUUUAAAUGAUAUCAUGCUUGAAAUAAAUCCUAAAGCUACAGUUCAAAGAACUAACAAGAAGGUGAACAAUGAUUCCACUCUGAGGAUACAAAACCUGUCCAUUCUCAUCCGCCACAUCAAAUCAUACUACCAGGAGACAUUGCAGCAGUUAAUCCUGAUGCCUCUCCCCAAUGUACUGGUGCUGGGUAGGAACCCCCUCUGCGAGCAAGGUCUUGAGGAAACAAAGAAAUUGCUGUUGCUCUUACUGGGAUGUGCAGUUCAGUGUGAGAAGAAGGAAGAGUACAUCGAAAAGAUUCAGACCUUAGAUUUCGACACAAAAGCAGCAAUUGCAUCUCAUAUUCAAGAGGUAACCCACAGUCAGGAGAAUGUGUUCAACCUGCAGUGGAUGGAGGUGAAUGAGCUGCCUCAGGAAGACCUGGACUCCCUCUCCAGAAACAUGGCCUUCCACCUCCAGCGCCUGGUGGACGAAAGAGAUGAGCAGCUAGAGACCAUUGUGAAGCUCGUGCAGGAGAGAGACUGUGGGCAGUACACGCCUCCCGCGCCCAGCGCCCAGUCCCCCAACAGUUCCCCCAGCAUGCGCCGCACCGAGAGCCGGCAGCAUCUCUCCGUGGAACUCGCCGAUGCCAAGGCCAAGAUACGCCGGCUCAGGCAGGAGCUGGAGGAGAAGAGCGAGCACCUUAUGGACUGCAGGCAGGAGCUGGAGAACAUGGAGACUGAGCUGAAGAGGAUCCAGCAGGAGAACAUGCAGCUGCUGGCAGACGCGCGCUCAGCCCGGGCAUACCGUGAUGAGCUGGAUGCCCUGAGGGAGAAGGCCAUUCGCGUGGACAAGCUGGAGAGCGAAAUGGGCCGUUACAAGGAGAAGCUGCAUGACAUUGAGUUCUACAAGGCUAGGGUGGAGGAGCUAAAGGAGGACAACCAGGUUCUGCUGGAGACAAAAAGCAUGCUGGAGGACCAGCUGGAGGGGUCACGGGCACGCUCAGACAAGCUGCAUGAGUUGGAGAAGGAGAGCCUGCAACUCAAAGCCAAAAUCCACGACAUGGAGAUGGACCGGGACAUGGACCGGAAGCGGAUUGAGGAGCUGCUGGAGGAGAACUUGGCCCUGGAGGUGGCUCAGAAACAGAGCAUGGAUGAGUCCCUGCACUUGGGCUGGGAGCUGGAGCAGCUCUCUAAGUCCCCGGAGCAUGCUGAUGUCCCACAGAAGUCCCUGUCUCAUGAGGUGAAUGAGCUGACGUCCAGCCGGCUGCUGAAGCAGGAGAAGGAAAACCAGACCCUGUUGAGGACAGUGGAAGAGCUGAGAGGCUCAUCUGAGCCCUCAGAGCGGAGCCAUACCCACCUACUCAUGGUGGAGAAGGAGAACCAGAGGCUCCUUCAGAAGCUGAAACAGCUGGAGAGUGAGGUGAGUGUGGAGAGGCAGAGCCUACAGAGUGCAGAGAGCCUCAGCAGUGACCUGAUGAGGGAGAAAGCCCAGCUGGAGAAGACCUUGGAGACCAUGAGGGAGAACUCGGAGAGACAGGUGAAAGUACUGGAGCAGGAGAACGAGCAUUUAAACCAGACCAUAGCAUCCUUGAGGCAGCGCUCUCAGAUCAGCGCAGAGGCCCGGGUCAAAGACAUCGAGAAAGAAAACAAGGUCCUGCACGAGUCUAUUAAGGAGACCAGCAGUAAGCUCAACAAGAUGGAGUUUGAGAGGAAGCAGUUGUGGAAGGACCUGGAGCUCCAGCGGGAGAAAGGGGAACGGGCAGAGGAGCUGGAGCGCGAGCUCCACCGGCUGGAGCGAGAGAACGAGGGGCUGCAGAAGCGCAUAGCUGGCCUCACUAUCACCUGCGAGAGGGCGGAGGGCCUGGAGAAGGAGAAUGCCAAGCUGGAGACGGAGGCCCGCGUGCUGAAGAAGAAGCUGGAUGGCCUGAGGGCCACCGCCCUCCAGCUGGAGGCGCUGGAGAGGGAGAACGCCCAGCUCGACGAGGAGAACCUGGAGCUGCGGCGCGUGGCGGAGACGCACCGCGCCUCCUGCAUGAAGGCGGCCCAGCUGGAGCUGGAGAACCGCGAGCUGGAGAGCGAGCGCAGUCAGCUGAGGAAGAGCCUGGAGCUGCUGCGCGCCUCCUCCAAGAAGACCGAGCGGCUGGAGGUGAGCUGCCAGGGCCUGGACACCGAGAACCAGCGGCUCCAGAAGGCCCUGGAGAACAGCAGCCGCAGGAUCCAGCAGCUGGAGAGUGAGCUGCAGGACGUGGAGGUGGAGAACCAGACACUCCAACGAAGCGUGGAGGAGCUGAAGCUCUCCAGCAAGCGCCUGGAGCAGCUGGAGAAGGAGAACAAGGUGCUAGAGCAGGAGUCCUCACAGCUGGAGAAGGACAAGAAGCAGUUGGAGAAGGAGAACAAGCGACUGCGACAGCAGGCCGAGAUCCGAGACGCCACGCUGGACGACAACACCCUGCGCAUCAGCCACCUGGAGAAGGAGAACCGCUCCCUCACAAAAGAGGUGGCGAUCCUAAAGGACUCCUGCGGUCGCAUCAAAGACCUGGAGAAAGAGAACAAGGAGCUGGUCAAACAAGCUACCAUAGAUAAGAAGACGCUGGUCACCUUGCGAGAGGAGCUGGUGAAUGAGAAGCUGAAGACCCAGCAGAUGAAUAAUGACCUGGAGAAGCUGACCCAUGAGCUGGAGAAGAUCGGCCUGAAUAAGGAGAGGCUGCUGCAGGAUGAGCAGGCCUCAGACGACAGUAGGUACAAGCUGCUGGAGUCCAAGCUUGAGUCAACGCUGAAGAAGUCCCUGGAAAUCAAGGAGGAGAAGAUCGCUGCCCUGGAAGCCAGACUGGAGGAGUCCUCCAACCUCAACCAGCAGCUACGCCAGGAACUGAAGACGGUUAAGAAGAACUAUGAGGCCCUACGGCAGAGGGAGGAGGAGGAGCAGAUGAUGAAGAACUCACCUCCUCAAGCAGGCGAUGACUCCCAGAUAGCCAGCAAGUGGGAGAAGGAGAGCCACGAGGCCACACGUGAGCUGCUCAAGGUCAAGGAUCGCCUCAUUGAAGUGGAGAGGAAUAAUGCCACCCUUCAGGCAGAGAAGCAGGCGCUGCGCACGCAGCUGAAGCAGCUGGAGACACAGAGCAGCAACCUGCAGGCGCAGAUCCUGGUCCUGCAGCGCCAGACGGCCUCCCUGCAGGAGAACAAUACCACACUGCAGACGCAGAACGCCAAGCUGCAGGUGGAGAACUCCACACUGAGCUCCCGGAGCGCCUCCCUGAUGGCCCAGAAUGCCCAGCUGCAGAGCCAGCAGUGUGCGGCGGAGGGCGAGCGGGAGGUGGCGCAGCGGGAGCGCGAGGAGCUGCGCACCGCCCACGAGCUGCUGCUGCGCGACCACGAGAAGCUGGCGGCCCUGCACGAGCGGCAGGCCGCCGAGUACGAGGCGCUCAUCGGCCGGCAUGGCGGCCUCAAGGCCGCGCACAAGAGCCUGGAGCUGGAGCACCGCGAGCUGGAGGACCGGUACAACCAGCUGCUGAAGCAGAAGGCCCAGCUGGAGGAGCUGGAGAGGGAGCUGAAGGCAGAGCAGGAGAAGAUGCUCUCCGAGAACAAGAACCACGAGGCCACCACCGUCAAGUACCAGAAACUGAAGGAGGAGAAUGAUAAACUGAACCAAACACACAGCCAGCUGCUGAAAGACAAUGAGGAGCUUCAGGCAGACCACAAGACCCUGAAGAGUCUGCUGAACAGUGCCAAGCUGGAGCAGACCCGCCUGGAGGCCGACUUCUCCAAGCUCAAGGAGCAGUACCAGCAGCUGGACAUCACCUCAGCCAAGCUCACCAAUCAGUGCGAACUACUGAGCCAGCUGAAGGGGAACCUGGAAGAGGAGAACCGACACCUUCUGGACCAGAUUCAGACCCUGAUGCUGCAGAACCGGACCCUGCUGGAGCAGACCAUGGAGAGCAAAGAUCUCUUCCAUGUGGAGCAGAGACAGUACAUAGAUAAAUUGAAUGAGCUGAGGAGGCAGAAGGAGAAGCUGGAGGAGAAGAUCAUGGACCAGUACAAGUUCUACGACCCGUCACCUCCACGAAGACGAGGCAACUGGAUCACGCUGAAAAUGAAGAAGCUGAUCAAGCCCAAGAGCCGCGAGCGCAUGCGUUCCCUGCCACUGUCGCCCCCGCGCUCCGAGUCCGGUGAGGGCUUCCUGGGCCCCCCCGUGCCUGAUAGCCAGGACAGCUCUUCCGUGGGCUCCGGCUCCAACUCCCUUGACGACACACUGUCCCACAAGAAGAGCAGCAUGGCAGCACUGAAAAGGUUGCCCUUUAUGAGGAACAAACCGAAGGACAAAGACAAAGUGAAGGCCCUCUUCCGCCGUUCCAUGUCCAUGAAUGACCUGUUGCAAACCAUGGCCCUGGCGGGGGGCCAGUGGGCCGGUAGCUCUGACAACCUGGACAGGCCGGAGGAGGCCGCCACCGGGCAGCGGCGGAAGGAGCUGGGAUCUAUGGCCUACUCCACCACGGCCAUCAACUACGCCACCCUCUGCCUCCCUGCCGGCCACAGGGCCAAUCAGAGAUUUAAGGCCAAAGGCAAUGCGUCCUGUGAAGAUGUUGCCCCAGCGGCCCCUACUGAUGCCAAUGGACUGAGAAGUCAUGCAGGUGCGGUCAAUGGCAGCCACAGCCGGCCCCACAGCGAGAGCAGCGGGGAAUUCAGCCCCGGCCUGGACCACGAGGCCUGGUCCAGCGGCAGCAGCCCCAUCCAGCAGCCACUCUCCCAGAGGGUCUGCCGCCAGAGCCCCCUGCUCCUCCGCAAGAGCCUGGAGCCUCCUGCCACACAGGCUAAGAGGAAACCCACAGAAGAGGCCAAAGACCCAGCAGAGUUAGGUAGCGAGGAAAAGCUGACGGCAGAGGCAUCGAGGCUGUGUGGCAACUCGUCGUCCCCAGUGCGGAGAGAGCAGCUCGAACGGGCUUCCCUUCCCAAAACAAAGGGCAUCAUGAGGUCGGCCAGCGGGAGGGCAGCGGUGGACUCCUCCGACGGGCGGCUGUCUAAGACGGGGCAGGGGGUGCGGCCCAGCCUGCGCAAGGCCGAGAGCACGCGGGUCAAGGGCUCAGCUCCCCGGCCCACGCUCAGCGCCCAGGGCAAGGCCACCUCCAUGUCCGAGCGCCUCAACACCUCCUCCUCCUCAUCUUCUUCCUCCUCGCUGCGACAGAAGGAUGCAGGCGGUGGCGGUGGCGGUGGCGGGGGGCCUGUCUCCACCUCUACCUUGCCCCGUGCCAGUAGUGUCAUUUCCACAGCCGAGGGCACCACGCGCCGCACCAGCAUCCACGACUUCAUGGCCAAGGACAGCAGGAUGCCCGUCUCGGUGGACCCCUCACCCACCAAGGCCGGGCCCCGGAGCCAGCCCCCGCUCAGUGAGUACCCCCGAGACUCCCUACCCCACAGCCUUGUAACACCAUUGCCCAAGUCCCCCAACACUCCCGCAACCAGCAGCACCCUGCUCAAGGAGGCUCCUGAUGCUUCUAGCCUGGAGCCUUUCCUGGGCUCCACGUUCACUGUCGAUUCAGUCUUUAUGGACACCAUGUUCAGUGAGCCUGUGUUCUCCUGCCCUGGGAAGAACCACACCUUCCUGUCUCUCAAUACCUCCCUGGUUAGUAACAUCAGCGGCCCCCCUGUCAAGCACAGCAGCUGGCCCACCAAAGCAGGACAGGAGCCCCAGGGGAAAGCCAAUCAGAGCCAACACAACGGCCGAGCCCCCAGCCCCCCUGACUCUACAGCCCAUUUUGAUGUUACUGCCACUGAACAUGUGAUUGUUGAGCCCGCAUCUCCCACCUUAUCCUCUGAGGACAGGCAGUCCUUGUGGUAUGAGUACGGCUGCGUUUAAACAGGAUUAUUCAGAGAUAGGGGACAGGUUCCUGUGCACUCAAUAAUGACCAGGCAAGAGAAUGCACAUGCCAUUAGAUUUCACAGUUCACUCCACAC